CAGGACGCUCCGCCUCCGCCGCUGGAUCCGCCGCUGCUGCCGCGGCGGGCAAACCUGCAGGAGGCGGCGGCGGCGGCGGCGGCCGAGGCCGAGGGAAGAUGGCGGACGGCGUGGACCACAUAGACAUUUACGCGGAUGUGGGCGAAGAGUUCAACCAGGAAGCUGAAUAUGGUGGGCAUGAUCAAAUAGAUUUGUAUGAUGAUGUCAUCUCUCCAUCUGCAAAUAAUGGAGAUGCCCCAGAAGACCGGGAUUAUAUGGAUACUCUGCCACCAACUGUUGGUGAUGAUGUGGGGAAAGGAGCUGCACCAAAUGUAGUCUAUACAUAUACUGGAAAGAGAAUUGCAUUAUAUAUUGGAAAUCUAACAUGGUGGACAACAGAUGAAGACUUAACUGAAGCAGUUCAUUCUUUGGGAGUAAAUGAUAUUUUGGAGAUAAAAUUUUUUGAAAAUCGGGCAAAUGGCCAGUCAAAGGGGUUUGCCCUUGUUGGUGUUGGAUCUGAAGCAUCCUCAAAAAAGUUGAUGGAUCUGUUGCCUAAAAGAGAACUUCAUGGUCAGAAUCCUGUUGUAACUCCAUGCAAUAAACAGUUCCUGAGUCAAUUUGAAAUGCAGUCCAGGAAAACUACACAAUCAGGACAAAUGUCUGGGGAAGGUAAAGCUGGUCCUCCAGGAGGCAGUUCACGUGCAGCAUUUCCACAAGGUGGUAGAGGACGGGGCCGUUUUCCAGGGGCUGUCCCAGGUGGGGACAGAUUUCCUGGACCAGCAGGACCAGGAGGGCCACCCCCACCUUUUCCAGGAAAUUUGAUCAAGCAUCUUGUUAAAGGAACUCGGCCUUUGUUCCUGGAAACUAGGAUUCCAUGGCAUAUGGGGCACAGCAUAGAGGAAAUACCCAUUUUUGGCCUAAAAGCUGGACAGACUCCACCACGUCCACCCUUAGGUCCUCCGGGCCCACCUGGUCCACCAGGUCCUCCACCUCCUGGUCAGGUUCUGCCUCCUCCUUUAGCUGGGCCUCCUAAUCGAGGAGAUCGCCCUCCACCACCAGUUCUUUUUCCUGGACAACCUUUUGGGCAGCCUCCAUUGGGUCCGCUUCCUCCUGGCCCUCCACCUCCAGUUCCAGGCUACGGCCCACCUCCUGGUCCACCACCUCCACAACAGGGACCACCUCCACCUCCAGGCCCCUUUCCACCUCGCCCACCUGGCCCUCUUGGGCCACCCCUUACACUUGCUCCUCCUCCGCAUCUUCCUGGACCACCUCCAGGUGCCCCACCACCAGCUCCACAUGUGAACCCGGCUUUCUUUCCUCCACCAACUAACAGCGGCAUGCCUACAUCAGACAGCCGGGGUCCACCACCAACAGAUCCCUAUGGCCGACCUCCACCAUAUGAUAGGGGUGACUAUGGGCCACCUGGAAGGGAAAUGGAUACUGCAAGAACACCAUUGAGUGAAGCUGAGUUUGAAGAAAUCAUGAAUAGAAAUAGGGCAAUCUCAAGCAGUGCUAUUUCAAGAGCUGUGUCUGAUGCAAGCGCUGGUGAUUAUGGGAGUGCUAUUGAGACAUUGGUAACUGCAAUUUCUUUAAUUAAACAGUCCAAAGUAUCUGCUGAUGAUCGUUGCAAAGUUCUUAUUAGCUCUUUGCAAGAUUGCCUUCAUGGAAUUGAAUCCAAGUCUUAUGGUUCUGGAUCAAGAAGACGUGAACGAUCAAGAGAGAGGGACCAUAGUAGAUCACGAGAAAAGAGUCGGCGUCAUAAAUCCCGUAGUAGAGAUCGUCAUGAUGAUUAUUAUAGAGAGAGAAGCAGAGAACGAGAGAGACAUCGGGACCGGGACCGGGACCGAGACCGAGAACGUGACCGAGAGCGCGAGUAUCGUCAUCGUUAGAAGCUGAAGGAAGAGGAACACCUUCCAAGACAGUCUUCAUGGGGGAAAAUGAUGCUUGUCCAGCAGUUUGCUUCUUGUGAUUGAACUGAACCUGUAAGGAUUCAUGGAUAAAAUGAACAGGAAUAGAUCUGAAUAAAGCAAAUCUGCAUAAAUGGUAACCAGUAGCUCUACUUUUAUUUUUUAUGUUGCUUAACUGUUCUAUUUGAAGGAAACCUGUGUGAUUUAAAAAGUUAUAGCUUUUGCAACUUUAUUACUGGUUAUAUACAUUUGACCAUUAUAAUGUGCAAGCAAUUGGAACAAAAUGUCAAGUAAAUGCUUGUUUUUAUAGUAGUUUGUUCUUGUUAAAAAUGUUCAUAUGAUAAUGUCUGUAAACAGCACCACUUUGAUUACAAUAGAUGUAGUGUUGUAAUAAACUGUUUAAUGGGG